AUGAGUUUUAAAAGAAAGAGAGAUGAGGAGUCGGCUGGGGUUGCUCCAGUUUCGCAACCUCCUUCGGCUUUGAGAAUGGAGGACACUGCUUUCCCUCGAGGUGGUGCUUCGACUGUUCUCACCCCACUAGAAAUUAAACAGGCUACUAAUGAAGCUACUCGGGAUUUGUUUACUGUAAGAUUUUACUGGGCAUCCGAGUCAAAUGCUGCAAACGGAAAAAAGAAGUCUAAGAAGCAACACCGAAACAAAGUGCAUCAAAAGUCUGAGGCUGGAUCAGACAAGGCUGGUGAGAAGCAUAAGAUAAAAGUUGAGAGCCUGUCAUUCGGCAAACUGACUGCUGGAUCAGUUGUACUUGGUCAGGUGGUUCAAAUCAACACUCUAGAUAUUGCAUUGUCUCUCCCCAAUAAUUUAUUAGGUUACGUACCAAUCACAAAUAUAUCUGCCAAGUUAUCGGAACGGAUAUCCAAAGCAGAAGACGAUGAUGAGAGUGGCAGUGAAGACGAGGACAAUGAAGAUAGCGAUUUACCUCAGCUAUCUCAGUUAUUCAAGGUCGGUCAAUGGCUGCGUGCUUUGGUUGUUGAAAACGAGAAGGUUAACAACAAAAAGAGAAUCGAAUUAUCAAUUGAUCCUUUACAGGUAAAUGAAGAAAUAGAGACCGAUGAUUUGGUUGCUGGUAUAGCUGUGCAGGGUUCUGUGCAGAGUGUUGAGGACCAUGGUAUCAUUGUCGAUAUUGGUCGCGAUGACGUUUCUGGGUUCUUGUCGAAUAAAGAACUAUCGCAUGCAGGUAUCGAGGCUUCAUCUCUAGGUGUUGGUCAAGUUUUGUUGCUUACUAUUCUAUCUAAAUCCGCGAAUGGUCGUACUGUGACAUUGACAGCAUCAGCAACAGCUAAGAAGAUGACUAUUGUCAAGGCAGUUACGCUGAAUAAGUCUCUUCUUGCUGGUACUCUAGUUGAGGUUUUGAUCACUGAUAUCCGAAGCAACGGUUUGGUGGGUAAGGUAUUUGGUUCAAUUGAUGCUACAAUUGAUAUAGUUCACUCAGGAAUCUACGAUAGAGCUGUUUUAGAGCAAAAUUUCAAAGAGGGCAAGGUUGUAAAGGGUAGAGUUAUUUAUUCUCCUCCAGCUGCAGUUAGCGAAAGCGACGAUGAAAAUAGCACAAAAGUGUUCGUGUCUCUUCUUGAAACGACUAUCGAGCUCAAGGUAGCGGAAGACGGCGACGCUUUGCCUAUUGGGCAAAUCCUAGAAGCAAAGGUUAAGAUUGUUGAUGCCAACGGUUUAUACGUUGAUAUUGGUACUAAAAGUCUUGGUUUUGUACAUGUCUCACGUGUAGCUGAUAAGAGAAUUGAGGAUCUUUCGAUUGAAGAAGCAUACUCGGUUGGGACCACACACCCUGCUCGUAUUCUCAAUUAUAACUACGCUGAUAAUCUGUACAUUGUUUCUACAGAGAAGUCUGUUAUCGAGCAAAAGUACCUUCGUGUCGAAGAUGUCUCUGUAGGGGAGAAGGUAACUGGUACUGUAGACAGAAUUCUUCCUAAGGGAGGUGUCCUCAUCAAGUUGUGGGAGGGAUUUAGUGGCAUUGCCAAUGAUAUCCAUCUGAGUGAUAUCAAGUUGGCCCAUCCAGAAAAGAAAUUUAAGCCAGGAAUGAAGGUUACUGCAAGAGUAAGUAGUAUUAUAUGUUUUAAAGUAGAUUGUGGUUAUCUGCGAUACUAA